GUUUCGUUGUUUUCGGAGGCCGACGCUGCAGGGCCUCCGUCCGGUAUCCAAAAAGUUGAUUGUUGACAUAACAGAUUCGGAUUUCGGAUUCAGUUUCCCGCCGAACGUUGAACGUUGAGUAUGAGACAGUUUCAAAUCUCGCGGUACCGUUUACUAUGUUUCGUAUCGUGAUAUUUACAUUUAUCGUACGGUUUGUUUUUGUGGAUUGUGAAGUAUGCGAAAGCAUGGACAUUCGGAAUGACCCUAAACGCUUGAAAGUUUUGGAAAAUUGUACAGAAAUCUGGGGGUCUCUGCAGAUUGUGUUAUUUGAAAAUGAUGAUUACUACGGUUAUUUCAGUGAAAAGGAUUAUGAAAAUUAUGUGUUUCCUAAAUUAAGAGUGAUAUCCGGUUCUUUGUUUAUGUUUAAUGUAACACAUUUGAAUUCUAUUGGUCAGCUGUUUCCAAACUUGAACCAGAUUCAAGGAAGAAGUUUAAUCCAUGAUUAUUCCCUGAUCCUAUACGGAAAUACUCAGUUGAAAGAGAAUGGUACCCUGGAAACUAGGAAAGUGUACAGAAUGAGGAAACAUUAAAUGCAGCAAUACCACCUAUACAAGAAAAUAAAACAGAUAUGACAAAUGGCCAUCACAAAGUCAAGAUGAUCACUCUAUUCUCAAGGAAUCCGUUGAAAUAAUGAAAAAAGCCGAAAGACGAUUUUGGUCAUUUUGCAGAAUACGUAGCGUUGCAACUAAAAACUUUCAAAUCGGACUAUUAUGAAGAACUACUAUUGAAAAGUGAGAUUCGUAAACCAAUAGGAAAUAUUUCCAAUAUGGACGAAACAAGCCACUGGCCCAAUGUAAUGCCCUACCCUUUUACUUCAACCUGCUCCACUCCAAUGCCUUCACCAACUGUCGUCCAUCAGACGAAGACAUCAGACGAAGAGUAUCAGACAGCUCAAAUUUUUUAUAAUUCUUACAAGAAGUUUAUAAAUACAUAUAAUUAACUAUU